AUGGCCCGUCGUCAAAAAGUGGUCUGCUCAUCUUGUCGCCAUCGCAAGACGAAAUGCGAUGGGGCCUCCCCCAGCUGCUCGGCUUGUGUAGCCAGUGCCUCUCCUUGUCAGUAUGAAAAAGCGCCAUCACUAGCAUACGUCCGUUCUUUACAGGCGCGUAUUCGCGAACUGGAAGCCAAAGUGAAAGACUCAGAUUCUUCUCCUUCUGCUGUCGUGCUGAGCUCAGUAUUCAAUGGACACGACGGAGACUCUAUAUCUUUCCACGCAGAGGGAAAUUUGAGCUACCACAACCAAACAUCUGCUAUUCAUGAAGGUCCACCGUAUACAUCUCGUCAGCUGCCGCAGGCUGCGCCCCAAUCACCAGCAUCCAGAGCAACCCAGCAAUCUACUGAUAGUAUCAGACAUAGCCUUGUUGCCAAUGCUGUGGCUCAGAAAAACCUCGAGCUCCUGAACGCCAGCGCAAUAUCGCCGCAGGCUGACGUACCCCCGGAAGUGACUGCCAUACUGCUCCAAUUACAUUGGUGCUGGCUUCAUCCAAGCUUCCUGUUUGUGUACCGACCGGCGUUUACGAGGGAUAUGCUCCAAUCCGCUCAUCAUGGGCAGAAACCCAAGUACUGGUCUGCGACUCUCUUCAAGGUCCUGUGCGCUCACAGCUGUCGAUUCAUCCGGGCCCCGGAGGCAUUUUGGAGCCCAGAAGACUACACAGAGUCGUUUUCCCAGUUCAGUAACCGCCUCAUGUCAGAGGCCAAGGCGCUACUCGCCCUGGAGACCCUCAAUCCCCCUUCAGUCCCCACCAUCCAAGCGUUGUUGCAACAGUCUGCGCGGGAUAUAGCCUGCGGGCGUUCUUCAGCAGCAUGGCUCUACUCUGGCAUGGCGUUUCGCAUGGCCAUUGAUCUAGGACUGCACGUUUCCCCCGACGAUCUACAACGCCACUCGACCUCGCUGUCGGCGGAAGAUGUCGAGAUUCGAAAACGUUUGUUCUGGAGCCUAUAUGCCUGGGACAAACACAUCAGCCUGUACCUGGGCAGAAUGCCCAAUUUCACCAUGGGUGCCGAAAACGUUUCGCUUGAGUUCCUUGAUGACUUUACCGAAGAGGACCUGUGGGAGCCAUAUUACGGGCCUGAACCGGCGUCUGCCGAACGCCGAUCUUAUCCCCCAACCCCAGGGCAUAUCGUUUCUUGCUUCACGCAACUAUGCAAACUGUGCAUCCUCAUAUCGCGGGUGAUGUUGGACCUCUACAGUCCGCAACCAACCAGCCACCCAAGCUCAUCAUUAGACGCCCGGGCGGCGGCAUUCGUGACGAUCAAUCGGGACCUUCAUGAAUGGUACAAAGCCCUACCAUCUUUUCUACAGAUACCCUCCGACAAAAUCCCGGAGAUCAGUCCCCCGCCGCACAUCACAUCUCUCAAUCUAAUGUAUCAUACUACGCUGAUUCUUCUUCAUCGUCCCUAUGUCGUUAGCGGACAUGCGCGCGACUCCGACGCGGCACGAAAGAGUUGGAAAGUUUGUCGCUCCUCAACAACUACUAUCUACCAUCUGCUUCAAAUGUAUACGAAAACUUUCGGAUUCCAACACAUCACAUAUAUGAACAGUUAUUGUACAUACACGGCGGCGACAACGGCAGUGUAUCAGCUGGAAACUUCAGAUGGAGAACCUCGCGUUUCCGAUCAAGUCGUGUGGACGGAGCUUAAAUUCUUGCUGGAUAUUCUUCAACGCACGUCUACUACCAUGCCGGGUCUAAAUCGGAGCAUUGACAUCAUUCGGUCCCGAAUAAAGAAAAUUCUGGACCGACAAGUGACCAAGCAACUUGAUUCACUCUUUCCAGGCAGCAAUGCGCCGGCGGGUGGCCAACGCUACGCUUCACCCGGGCCGUUCAGAACACAAACUGUUGUAGGUGGCGAAGACCUGACGACGGAUCAUGCGCUAGACCCUACAUUCCCACAUCCAUCUUCCAGCUUCUCACCGCGACGGGACCUUCUGACUGAAGACUGGCGGAUCCUGGACGAUUGGCUUCCAGCAUUUCCCGGACAAGAUGUCUCUUUUGGGUCUGAAGUCGUACUGGAUAUGCCCGAGAACCUGAGUCCAAGGACGCGAUCUGCACUCAUGGGCUCGAAUUUGUAUCCUCACAUGCAGCUUAAUUUCUCGAUGCCCGAUGAUCCAACUUUUGACUACACUCCUUUCUCAGGGACAUCAUCCGGUCCUCGGCCUUGUGAUCAUCACAGCCUUUGA